CACUUGCCGGACUAACUACACCGCGUGUCGAGCUUAAACGCUUUUUUAUAAAGUCCAUUUUUAACCGAUAUUCAUUCAACUCCAUGGCAUAUACAAGUUCAUUUGUUCAGAAUUGCUAGUAAAGGUACACCUUCAUACACUUGACGACAGCGGAUGCUAAAUAUAAUAUCACACUCAUAAUACCGCUCUUUUCCAAGAAUCAUAUGCCUUAUGUUGAACAACUGCUUUAGCUUGAAUAUAUCUUGUUCUAAAAUGUUGUUACAAUCCGGCAACAUUGCUUCGUUCGAGAGUCUACCGGUGACGCAAUGGGGGGAAGCACCGACAGCUGACGUAUGGAACUGUCACUCGCCCAGCGAACAAGUAGCGAUUUUGUUAUAUUUCGUUAAUAAAACCUUUGAAAGUUGAGUCGUGUUUGUAAGCCACAAGC